AUGUCCGCCCAACAGGCCGCCGAUGCGGUCAAGGACGCAGUCAGCAAUGUUGCCGACAAGGUCUCACAGCUCACCACCGGCGAAGGCAGUUUGGCUGGUGGCACACAGCCAAACCUCCUCAAAGACGAUGUCACCGGCGAAAUGGUGUCCAAGACAGAAUUGAAGAAGAGACAGAAGCAGCGCGAGAAGGAUGCCAAAAAGGCGGAGCGCGAUGCGAACAAGACGGCACCGCCAGCCUCCAAACGCAAGGCUGGUGCUGAGGCAGAAGAUGAGUCGCAGCUCAAUCCGAACCUGACAAUCAUGGCUGAUCAGCAAUACUUCGAGCUGCGUUCGCGCGCCAUCAAGCGUAUGAAGGAGACCCAGAACCCAAAUCCCUUUCCACACAAGUUCCAUGUUACCUACGAUCUUCGCAGCUUUGAGAAGGAAUUUGGCCACCUCAAGAAGGGAGAAGUCCUCAAGGACAAAGUCAUCAGUGUUGGAUGUCGUGUCUACAAUAUCCGCACUGCUGGCGAGAACCUGCGCUUCUACGAGGUUGCCGUAAAUGGCGCUGAAAUCCAGAUCAUGGCGCAGAACCUCGAAAGCACCAGCAGCAUCCCAUUUGUCGAACAACACGAUCAUUUGCGAAGAGGAGAUAUUAUCGGCGUAACGGGAUACCCUGGACGAACAAGCCCAAAGAGAGAGGACAACCCCGGCGAGCUGUCCAUCUUUGCUCAAGAAGUGAUCCUACUCUCGCCCUGUCUUCACCAGAUUCCUUCCGAGCACUACGGCUUCAAGGACCAGGAGGAGCGCUACCGCAACCGUCAUCUAGAUCUGAUCAUGAACAAGUCGUCUAUGAACACCAUGCUUACUCGAUCGAGAAUCACCAGCUAUGUGCGAAGAUAUUUCGAGGACAAUGGCUUCGUCGAAGUGGAGACCCCAAUCUUGCUCAAGUCUGCAGGCGGUGCUACUGCCAAGCCCUUCUUCACGCAUCACAACGACCUCAACAUGACUCUUGCUCUCCGCAUUGCUACAGAACUGCCUCUCAAGCAGCUGGUCAUUGGUGGUAUCCACAAGGUCUUUGAGCUCGGACGACAGUUCAGAAAUGAGGGCAUUGAUCUCACGCACAACCCAGAGUUUACUACCUGCGAAUAUUAUGAGGCUUUCACUGACGUUUACGAUGUCAUGAACCGUACAGAGGAACUAGUUGAGGGUAUGGUCAAGUACGUGACAGGAGGCCUCCAGACCAAGUUCGUCACUCAGACUGGCGAGGUAUACGAUGUCAACUGGGCCAAGCCUUGGAAGCGAAUUGAGAUGAUCCCAGCUCUGGAAGAGGCAUGCGGCGAGAAGUUCCCUCCAAGCGAUCAACUGCACACAGAGGAGACCAACCAGUUCCUGCGACGCAUGCUCAAGAAGACAGGCCUCGAAUGCCCACCCCCACUCACCAACGCUCGCAUGGUUGACAAGAUGGUUGGAGAAUUCAUCGAGGAGAAGUGUAUCAAUCCAACCUUCAUCACCGGCCAUCCACAAAUGAUGAGUCCGCUCGCCAAGUACCACCGUUCGCAACCAGGUAUUUGUGAGCGCUUCGAGGCAUUUGUUUGCAAGAAAGAAAUUGUCAACGCUUACACGGAGUUGAACGAUCCUUUCGACCAGCGCCUGCGUUUUGAGGAGCAGGCCCGACAGAAGGCCCAAGGUGAUGAUGAGGCACAGCCACUCGACGAGGGCUUCCUCAAGGCAAUGGAAUACGGCCUGCCACCGACUGGAGGUUGGGGUAUGGGUAUUGAUCGCAUGACUAUGUUCCUGGCCAACCACUACAGCAUCAAGGAAGUGCUUCCAUUCCCAUUCAUGAAGGAUGAGGUGCAAAAUACUGGACCAAACAAGCUGGCGGCAGAGGUCACAGAUGUCGAGCCACUUCCGGUAGAGGGCGUCACCCACAAGUAG